UGUAAACGAACCGACCGUGUUAGUCUCCGCUCCUCUACAAGUCGACAUAUUCCACGAACACCAUGAAGUCUGCCAUCGCUGCUCUCGCUCUCGGUGCGGUUGGGUCGAACGCGUUCGUCACUCCCAAUGCCGUUGUGGGUCGCGUCGCAUCCAGAUCCGCGCGACAGGUGUCGAUGGCCGCUGACCCCGACGCAUCGAUCGCGCUGCCUUUCACGCCCCGGCCGGAGAACCUCAACGGGGAGCUUGUGGGCGACGUCGGAUUCGACCCCUUGAACUUCUCGGAGGAGGGCGACCUCGCGAAGUACCGUAGGGCGGAGCUCAAGCACGGGCGCGUGGCCAUGCUUGGCGUUGUGGGCGCCAUCUGGCAGGAGUUCAGCGUGCUCCCCGGGCUCGGCUACACGCCGACAAAGAACUUGUUCCAGGCCGUGGCCGACGCGCCGUGGCUGGCGGUUCUCCAGGUGGUGGUGUUCGUGGGCAUCUUCGAUCUCCAGAGCACGAAGUACGACAUCGAGCAGGGGCGCGUGCCCGGCGACAUCGGGUUCGACCCCCUCAAGCUGUCCAAGGACGGAAUCAACGAGAAGUGGGCGCUCGCCGAGCUCAAGCACGGCCGCCUGGCCAUGUGGGCGAUGGCGGCAAUCCUUAUUCAGCAGCUGCUGGUGCCGGACAAGUCUCCCCUCGAGCUCACCUACGAGUGGUCGACCCAGUUCCACUAAGCUAUUUUUUAAUGAGGAAACGAACCCCCCCCUCUCCUCCCCCCUUUUUUAGGUUGUGUCAGAGGUGUGCGGGGCGGGGAUGGUGGUUUUGUAGCAGUCUCAACCGGCCGUUCCUUCCCUCUCUUCCCACUCUGCAUCGUGACGAGUUGGUUUUUGUCUCUUUUUUUUUCCUGGUGCGCACGCGAGUGUAUGUUUUCUGAGGUGGUAGUGGCCGCACGACGUCAGGGAUACAGGAGGAAGGUGUGUGCGCUUUUGCUUGUCGUGUGUCUUCUAGAACUUUACGAUUUGUAGAUGGGAACCUUUGUUUUCUUACGCGCGCCCGUGGCCUGGGAGUUCUAGCCUAGGAUUCUUCUCCCACCGUAGAACGAGGCUAGGGAGAGCGCUUGUUGCGUUGUGGAACACUGACGUGCAUUCCAAACUGCUUCAGUGGUUGGAACAGAUUGACCCCCCCACGUGUGGAUGGUUGCUUGCGCGAAGUUCCUCCAAGUUUAGAUUGUAGAGCUUGCGACGGCGAAUGUCGGGCUACUGCUUGCUCGUCGAGUGGGGAACCCAAGUUUUUUAGCAGGUAGAGGGCGUGCCUUCGGUCCUUGCCCGCUGUUUAAGCAGACGCGGUGGUUGAACGCGAGACACUUGCACCCAGCCGUGGUGCGGUGUUGUCCGCGUGUGUCACUCGUGUCUCCGCACUAAACUUUCUGGCACACACGCGACACAUCUUCCUCUGUUAUAUUUUUUCAUCGGGUCUCAGCCAAGUGAUUUGGUCGGCUUGGUUACCGAAGCGGACACGAAAGGGAGUUCGCAACACCCAACGAUU